AUGGCGUCUUCAGACGAUGAGGAUGAGACAUUGCCCACUGAGGUCUCUGAUUAUUACCUAUUGGAUGGCGAUCGUGAACCCAUAUCGUUCGCGGAGUUGCCGCUGAAGUGGGAUGAUGCUCAGUCCUUUGAUAGCGUGAAAAAGCAAAUUGGUUUGCAUGGGAAGGUUGAUAAUGGACUACGGCAAUUCUAUUCACUGGUCACGGCAUGGAAAUUUGACAUUUUGUCUACUCAGAAGCCUGAAAUUUUUGUGCUGACACCAAAGAACAACUGGAUCAAGCUUCUGAAGCCCAAAAAAAGCUACACUGAAACGAUCCGUACAAUCUUGAUAACUGUUCAUUGUCUAAGCUAUGUGAAAAGAAAUCCCAAAACAACCUCGAAAGCUUUGUGGGAUAGUUUGGCUAGAGUUUUCAGCUUGUUUGAGCCAAGGCCUUCUGAGAGAGAUCUUGCGGGUUACUGCGAUUUAGUUAAUGAAGCUGUUGAGAGACAUGAAGAAUUGAAAAGUUCAAAGAUUUUGCUCACAUUUUUGGAGGAUAAGCCUGUUGGGAAAGAGCUGCCCAGGAAGGAGGUACUUGGAAAUGCUCCCAUGUCCGAUUUCAUAGUAGAUGAUGCUUGUGUCGAAAUGGAGGAAAUUGAUGAGGAUGGCUCUGACGCUGAGAGCGAUGACAUUUUUGAGCAUGUUUGUGCAAUUUGUGAUAAUGGCGGAGAUCUUCUCUGUUGUGAGGGGAAGUGUUUGAGGUCCUUUCAUCCAACAGAGGAAUCUGGUAUCGAGUCCAACUGUGAUUCUCUUGGAUAUUCUGAAGAACAAGUUAAAAAAAUGGAGGAGGAGAACCAAACUUUUUUGUGCAAGAAUUGCCAAGUCAAUGUACAUCAAUGCUUUGUAUGUGGAAAGUUAGGAUCUUCUGAUAAAUCAGCUGGUGCUGAGGUCUUCCAGUGUGUUGCUGGGACGUGCGGUUACUUCUACCAUCCUAAAUGUGCAGUAAAAGCGCUCCGAUUCAAGUUUGGGGACAAGGCGAAAGAUCUCGAGGAUGAACUUGCUGCAGGAAAACCCUUUAUGUGCUCCAUCCAUUAUUGUGCACAUUGUGGUGAGCUUGAACCUGAGGACAAAAGUGACAAGGAAAUGCAGUUUGCUGUAUGUAGACGUUGUCCAAGAGCAUAUCAUAAAAAAUGUUUACCCAGGAUGAUUUCCUUUGGAGAUGAUGAAGAUGAUAAUAUUGUGCAAAGAGCAUGGACUGGUCUUAUGCCAAACAGGAUACUGAUUUAUUGCCUGGAUCACGAGAUUGAUGAUGAACUUGCAACUCCUAAAAGGAAUCAUAUAAGGUUCCCAUAUACAGAUCAAGAAAUUGAUAAACAGACAAUUGAGGGGGUUGGUGACAAAAAAGUUGUACCAAAGAAGAUUGUAAAAGCUGUGUCAAAGCAGUCAAACGCCGUUGAAAAGUCAUCAGCACUGAAGAGGGGUGAUUCCACGGUAGCAGAUGAAGGACAAUCAUCCUUGCGGCAGAUGCCCAAAAAAUGGAAAUUAGCUGAUAACUCUAGGGCGCCAGUCAAGAAGACUUUGCCUGGGAAAGAUAGUAAUAAACCCAUUGAUGGUGAAGGCAUGACCUCUCUUGGAGAAGAGCUGUUUUUAUUUUACAAGGGUUCUGAUACCGCUAAAAAAGUAAAGGGAGAGACAACUGGUGCUAAGCAGCCAAAAAGAAAAACUAAAUCCAUUGUUAAGGACUUCAAUGAUCCAGUUAUGCUAGAUGAUGAUUCUAAGAAAAGAAUUGAUUCGAUUUUAAAAGAAGCUGAAUCCUCAAUAACGCUUGAACAUGUUAUGGAGAAGUACAAAACGCCAAAAACACAUGUACGUCUGUCAAAGCCUAUAUUGCAGAUUAUGCAAAAUAUGACUUUGGGCAAGGUUGAAGGUUCCGUUGAGGCAAUUCGUGCAGCUAAGCAAAAACUGGAUGAUGGAGGCAAUCUUGAAGGUGCAAAAGCUGUUUGUGAGCCUGGACUCCUCAAUCAAAUAACUAAAUUUAGGAGUAAGUUGAAAGUUUAUCUUGCUCCCUUUCUUUACGGGCCACGUUACACAUCUUUUGGUCGGCAUUUCACAAAGAGGGAUAAGUUGCAAGCGAUUGUUGAUAAGCUUCAUUACUACAUGGAAGAUGGUGACACGCUGGUUGAUUUCUGUUGUGGUGCCAAUGAAUUCAGCUGGCUUAUGAAACAGAAGAUGGAUGAGACAGGGAAACGCUGCAAUUUUAAGAACUAUGAUCUUUUCAUACCGAAGAAUGGUUUCAAUUUUGAGCAGAAAGACUGGAUGACUGUCCAGCCUGGUGACCUGCCUCCUGGGUCACAAUUGAUCAUGGGUCUGAAUCCACCUUUUGGAACCAAUGCAAAUCUUGCAAACAAAUUCAUUGAGAAAGCACUUCAAUUCAGGCCAAAGCUUCUUAUCCUUAUUGUCCCCCGUGAGACAGGAAGGUUAGACGAAAAUAAUCCCUAUGAGCUCAUAUGGGAGGAUGACCAGUUGCUUGAAGGGAAAGCGUUUUACUUACCUGGAUCCAUUGAUGUAAAUGAUAAACAAAUGGAUGACUGGAAUAAGUUUACGCCCCCACUUUAUCUUUGGAGUCACAGAGAUUGGACAACAAAGCAUAGGGAAAUUGCUCAACGACAAGGGCACUUACCUGGGGUCCAAAAGAUAGAUGUCCAUCGCCUAUCGGAAGACAUCUCUGAUCUCCAGGAAACUACGCAGCUGGGAAGAGAAGGAGAUGAGAAACGUGAAGCGGGGCCCUGCUUUGAUGUCAAAACAAGUCCCAAGAGUCGUGGGCUGAACAAUCAACCAAGUGGUUGCUUGGAGGAAAAUGAGAAGAAAAUAAAGCAUGGAGGUGUAACUGAUGAACAAUCUCUAGUUAAGCGACCAAGGAGGGAAGGAUGCGAGAAAAUCGAAGCUCAGAUCGAAGGUUCCCGUGCUGAGUUCAAAACAAAUCCCAAGGCUCGUGAGCUGAAAAAUCAAGCAAGUGCUGACUCUUUGGUAGAAAAUAGGAAGAAAAGAAAUCAUGGAGGUGUAUCUGAUGAAACAAUGCUAGUUAAGCAAUCAGUUGUGCCCCGGCAUUCCUCUCCAAGAACUGAUGGUCGACCUUGGGGCCGGCCACAUCAUAGUGAGAUGCCCGCACAUGCUGGAGUUCAAAGAGACGGUUAUCACCUCAUGGAGCAUGCAAGUAUGACUGGAUCACGAGUGCCUGUGGAAAGAGGAUACAGUGGCUAUCCAGGUGAUAGGAUGCCGAGAAGGACUAGUGUGGAUAUGAGUCUUGUUGGUUUUUACUUAAAUGCUGAUCCCGGUCCAGAUUUUCACUCUAGAAUUUCAGCUGAACCAUUCAUGGGCUAUGACCAUCGAGGUGAUCUCAGAAGUAUACAGAGCCAAAAUUAUGCAAGAGAGGAAGAGAUUAGGGCACAAGUUCAAUUGUAUGGGCAUCCAAAUUCCACUUUUGCGAGUCACCCGGGGAAUCAUCUGUCAGUCCCAGGCCCUGGCACGUACGGGCCGCGAGGACCUACAUUAAACCGUGCUUAUGAUAAUGUGAACACAUCAGCUAUUAACAGAUAUAAUUUCAGGUUGGAUGAGCCUAACAGAAUGAUGACUAAUAGGGGGGGACAUAUGCAACAUGUGGGUGAUAGAAGAGGAAUGCAUCAUAUGGGUCCUCGUCCCAGUCACGGCGCUGGAGGCCACCCGUUGGACUUUGCUCCUGGUCCUUUACCACCAUUUUCUCAACAGAAUUCUUCAGGAUGGCUGGAUGAGUAA